AUGUCGUCUCUUGCCGGGAAGCGGAUUGCCUUGACAGGUGCUGCUAGUGGUAUCGGUUUGGCCACAGCUCAGGUUCUGGCAAGCAGGGGGGCAGUAUUGUCCUUGUCUGACAUCAACGCUGAGGGCCUAGACGCUGCUCUCAAGACAUUGGAUGGCAAGGGGCAUUUCGCGACGGUUCUGGAUGUGCGCAAUGCUUCAAAGGUGAACGAAUGGAUGGAUGAGACUGUCCGACGACUCGGCGGCCUCGAUGGCGCGGCCAAUAUCGCUGGCGUGGAACGAGAGGGCGGCCGCCAUCUUGCUGAUUCUCGAGACGAGGAUUGGGAUUUUGUUAUGGGUGUCAACUGCACGGGAGUCUUCUACUGCUUGAGAGCCGAGUUGAACAAGAUGUUAGAUAAGGGAGGUUCGAUCGUCAGCAUUUCCAGCGUUGCUGGCUUCAUCGGUGUUGCUGACACAGGGAUAUAUAAUGCCUCCAAACACGCGGUGAGAGGAUUGACAAGGACCGCCGCAAGAGAGUACGGCUCUCACAAUAUCAGGGUGAAUGCUGUGGCACCAGGGGUUAUUCGCACACCAAUGGUUGUCAACAUGGAGAACACUUUUAGAAAUGGGACCGUGGGAACGAGCAUGCAAGCCCUCGACCGUCAGGCUGAUCCAAAGGAGGUGGCAAAUGUGGUUGCGUUUCUUUUGAGCGACGAAGCAAGUUUUGUAACGGGCGCAACCUACAAAGUGGAUGGAGGUUGGACUGCCUGA